CGGCAAAACAAAAUUUGACGACGGUAGAAAUGGCUUCCUCGGAGUCCUCUGAUAGUCGGACAAACAGUUUGAAUACCACCAGUAGCCACAACGAUGACAGCGUAACACAUAUAGAACUGAAAGGAUGGUUAAUGAAGCGAUCGAAAAUGUCGAAGAAAUGGAAGAAGCAGUGGUUUUUGCUUAAAAAUACUGAACUUUUGUACGGGGACACACCCGAGCAAACAUCUAAGAAAAUACCACUGACCAAUUCAGAAAUCUCGGAGACCAAUUUAGACAAGAAAAAUUUUGCAUUCCGAAUAAAAUCCAAAGACAUUAAGCGAACAUUUUAUAUUCAUGCUGAUAAUGAAAACACUCAGAAUGAAUGGAUGCAGGCAAUUUGUUUUGCCAAAGCAGCAGGGAGACAUGGAGACAUGUCACAAGCAUGUGUGCUACAGUGAUAUUCUAAGUGUCAUCUCGUUGUGUGUGCUACAUUUUCAUAUCCCUGGGCAUAUGUUACCUCAUAGCAAAUUUGCAAAUUAGCAAGAAAAAGGUUGAAAUACAGCCCAAAUAUGGUUUGCAGAUUAAAUUCAAAAGAAAGUUUCUUAAAAAUACUUAUUUCAGAAAUUUGUGAGCAAUAUGUUUGGCCUGGCGCUAAAAUUAACAGGUGUUUGUGACAGGUUUAGGGCCAUGAGGAAUACUGAAAUUCAAAGGCAGGAUGUACCAGUUUGUGGUAUUGGGAUGUUGGAAAAUAAGGAAUGCUGAAGGUCCUAGGCUGGAUGGACAAAGAGUACCUUAAUCCACAAAUAUUACUGCAGCUUUAUAACAGACAUCCCCUACUGAUUCAGUAGGGAACCCAGUCAUAUUUACAUUAUAUUGAAUGGUAAUUAUGUAAAUGUGCCUUGUAUAUGUAUUUUUCAUACCGUACAUUUACAUGUAUUUUCAUUACUCCUCAUGUUGAAGAUUUAAAUUGAUGAUAUUUAUUAGACUCAUAUACUGAAUAUAACUUAAUAUAGUAAUUUUCACAAACCAAAUUAUCCAUUUGUAUUUAUAUAUAUAAAGAUAUAUCUACAACAAUAUACAUUUUCAUUUCAUAUAAAUUAUACAUAUAUAUAUAUAUAUAUAUCACAUCUUUACUAAAAUUCUACAAGGACCAAAAUAUAAAUACAAAUUGUAGUGUGUUAUAUUGGUAUAUAUUAAUAUCGUCAGGUAAUAAAAAGUUUUGUUUGUCUUUAGCCCAUAGUGUGAUCAGCCAAUCCAUUCACAGAUCACUAACAUGAUAUUCACAAAAGAUUCAUACUUAAAUCUUAUAUUUUGUAUAGAUCUCCACAUCACAAGCAACAUUACAGCCUGAUCCCAGCGCCCCCCCC